GGAGGUAGCACCGCCGUUUGUGUAUCCAAGAGGAGGGGUUCCUACGACAAAACAAGCACAAUAGACUUUUCUUCUUCUCAACACUCACUCUCCUCAAAACAUCCACAUUCCCAGAACUGCCAAAUCCCGUCCUGAUCAUGACCGGCGUUGCAAAGAUUCCCGUCAUCGACAUCUCCAAUGACAACCAAGACCAGGCCCGAGUGGCCAAGGACCUGGUCGAGGCCGCUAUCGAGCAUGGCUUCAUCUAUAUAAAGAACACGGGCAAAGAUAUUCCCGUGGAGGACGUCGACGCUGCCUUUGAAUUGGCCAGGAAGCUGUUCAAGGAGACGCCCGUGGAGGAGAAGCAAGCAUGCACCAUCCAAAAGAACAAUCGAGGUUGGUCAGCUAUGCACUACGAGACCCUCGAUCCCAAAAACCAGCGUGUCGGUGAUUUCAAAGAGGCCUUCAACUUCGGCGAACCCUCCCAACAAGGUAGUCACCUCCAACAACCCAUCCCCCCCACCAUCCGCUCCGCAGAACCUUUCAUCUCCCGCUUCCACACCCUCUGCCACCACCUCUCUCUCCGCCUCAACACCCUCUUGGGCCAGGGCCUCUCCGUCUCCCCUCCCGAUUUCUUCACCUCCGCUCACCUGCGCGAGAACGGGGCAUCCGGCACCAUCCUCCGCUUACUCUAUUACCCUCCUGCCCCGUCCUCUUUAACUGCAGAAGAUAAAAAGGGAGACGGGGACGACGUUCGAGCGGGUGCUCAUUCCGAUUACGGAAGUAUGACGCUCUUGUUCAGGCUGAAAGGCCAAGCAGGCCUCGAGAUCCAGACGCGCGAGGGCAACUGGGUGCCUGUCCCCGUUUGUCCCCCAGGCACAGAAACGGAUCCGGCUCCGCCGAUUCUGGUGAAUAUUGGCGAUUUGUUGAGUUAUUGGACCAAUGGGUUGUUGAGGAGCACCGUUCAUCGGGUUGUUUUCCCGGGAGCAGCAGGAAGUAGUACGGUGGAGGGAGAGACGGGAGGGGAAGAGAGGUAUAGUAUUGCUUAUUUCUGCCAUCCGGUGGGGACCAUGAAGUUGGAGCCGGUGCCUAGUGAGAGGGUGAGAGCGUUUGGGGAGGAGCAGAAUGGGAAGGGGGUACUUAAUGGGGAGAGGAAGAUGUUGACUGCUGAUGAGCAUUUGAACAUGAGACUGCAGGCGAGUUAUUUGAAGUUGUAUGAGGAUGAGAAGAAGGAAUGACGGGAUGAGCUGGCUAAAUAGAUGGGGCUAGGGCACCUCUUAAUGACCAGAAACUACAAGUAUGAUGCCUCAGAGGUCCAACCCAGAAAAGUGAUGCAGACAUCAAACUCCAUACCAGAUAUCAAUACGAUCUUCACCUUCUCCCGGAAAUGAUAUGAUCUAUCCUCUCC